UGCGAACCCCGGCAACGUGGAUGCUCAUGAAGGCAGCGUGUGCUAGCUGGAUGGAGACUGGAGGAGUGUAUUUUCUUAAGAAACAUCCCAUGAAGAAGCACCACCUGUUGGUACAUGGGCAAAGGACAGGGCUAGUAGCUGCCUCUGGGUACCUGGUUCGGAUCUUGCUGCUGUUGCUGUUUCUAUCUUUGCCUUCAUAUGUGCUUCCUUUACCCACUCCAGCAGAUGAAAGUGGAGAGAUAGUGGAAUGGCUGACACAGUAUGGAUACCUCCCUCCGGCUGAUCCAGUAACAGGCCAGCUGCAGACCUGGGAGGCUGUGACCAGUGCCAUCCGUGUAAUGCAGCGCUUUGCAGGCAUUGCUGAGACUGGGAUUCCAGAUGAUGCCACGUUGGCUCUGAUCCGACUGCCUCGCUGUUCAUUGCCUGAUGUUGUCACCGACUUCCCAGAAAAACUCCCUUUGAGGAGAAACAGGAGGAGAAAAAGGCGAAAGAGAAGAAAGAGCCGGGGCAGGCGGAAUGCAGGCUCCGUUUGGACCAAGAGGAAUAUCUCCUGGAAGGUGAAGACCUAUCCACGCGAGGCCCGUCUUAGCCGAGAGACUAUGCGUGUGCUGAUGUUUUAUGCCUUGAAAGUGUGGAGCGAAGCCACACCUUUGAACUUCCAUGAGGUGGGCAGCCACAAUGCGGACAUCUCUGUGGAGUUCCUCCAACUUGACCAUCACGAUGGCUACGCUUUUGAUGGGCCAGGUGGGAUGGUGGCUCAUGCCUUCUUUCCUGGAGACCCCCAAAGAGCUGGCAAUGUCCAUUUUGACAGUGAUGAAGACUGGACCUUUCGCUCACCAGAUGACUUUGGUACUGACCUCUUUGCAGUGGCUGUUCAUGAGUUUGGACACAGCCUUGGCUUAGCACAUUCACCCUCCAAGCACUCCAUCAUGCGCCCCUAUUACCAGGGACCAGUGGGAGACCCACUGCAGUAUCAGCUCUACUUGGACGAUCAGUCGGAAAUACAGAAGCUUUAUGGGAGCAGAAUUCUUCAUUCCACAGAGAAACCAGAGGCAACCUCACUGCUCCCAGAUCUGCUGUCCAUGCCGCAUGAUUUCCCGGCUCUAAGGUCAGGGAAGGAAUUCCCCGAUCGCUGUGCCUCCAAUGUUGACGCUGUUGCUCAGAUUAGAGGGGAAACGUUCUUUUUCAAAGGUCAGUAUUUCUGGCGGCUGACCCAAGGGCGGCAUCUCACCUCUUUGCGCCCUGCUUUGAUCAUGGGCUUCUGGCGAGGCCUCCCUUCCAGUCUCCGCAAAGUAGAUGCUGUGUAUGAGAGGCACACGGACCAUCGCAUCCUCUUCUUCAGUGGACCUCUGUACUGGGUAUUUAAGGACAAUGGUGUGGAAGAGGGUUAUCCUCGCCCCGUCACAGACUUCGGGCUGCCACAGGGAGGUAUUGACGGCGCCUUCUCGUGGCCUCUAGAAAGGAAAACCUAUUUCUUCAAGGGAGAACUCCACUGGUGCUAUGAUGAAGCCACAGGUCACAUGGAGGAGGGCUUCCCUGCCCAAAGAACACCCUGGGAGCAGUUCCCCACUUCUGUAGAUGCUGUGCUGAGUGAGAACGAUGGAACAGUGUUUGCCUUUAAGGGCAGAGAGUACUGGAAGUAUGACCACCGCAAUCUUAAGCCGCAGGCAGGCUACCCUCGCUCCAUAGCCAAGGACUGGCUGGAUUGCCCAGGGGAACUGUAUCCUCCCAGGAGCGUGCCCACCAGCCCUGCCUCGGGAGCCAAACUCCGGCCAGACUUGGAGGGUCCACAACUGGAGGUGGAGCAGUGUGUGUGCUUUUGUUCCGCCUUUCGAACACUCUGUUCUGCUAGACUCAAUUGCCUGCUGAUAGCACUCCUAGCACUCCAAGAUUUUGCCUAGGAAGGGCGAGCAUUUCCUGAGCCCUGCUCUACGAGUGGCGUUUACGUCACCUGCCAAAAAGGGUCAUGUUGCACAGACAGGGCAUGAAAAAGAAACAACCCAAGGGAAUGGAAAGUGGUGUGCAGCAGGGACGGAGACUGAGACUGCAGGAUUUGGAGUGCGGGCUCCAUGCAUGGUGGGAGACGUUCGUCAGCUACAGUUUGCUACAGAUGAAAUCCAGAGGGAAGCUGAACCUUAAAGGAACUGGCAACUUCCUGCAGAAUACAAAAGCUUCAGCAGGAUGCAUGGAACUCCCACAAGAGCUGAGAAAGAUGCAAGUCCAGUGGCACCUUAAAAACCAAGAACUUUUCCUGGGUAUGAGCUUUCGAGAGUCAAGCUCCCUUUGUCCGAUAACAGUAAAGAGCCGAGAGAAGACCAUUCUCCAUUUUGACAACCAAGAUGUUGGUUUCUGAGCAGCAAGAGUCCUCCUCGGAAGACCGUCCUCCUCAGGCAGGGCCCAGGGGUGGCCUCGUGCACUUACAGGCCCUUCCCUUUGAAGAGCUGAUGCAUAGAGGCGAGCAGCUCUAUGUAAGCGAUUGGAACUGGGAACAGACAUGCUUUUUCUUUUUUCUUUUUAGAGGAAACCAUGAGUCACUUUUGCUCAGAGGGGCAAUGCAACAGCAGUUUCAUUCUGUGGUUGCUCCAUAAGCACAGCUGUGGAAUGAUUCAGAGCUGCUUGCCAAGGCCUGUCCAGCUUAUUGACAAAGCGCCAUUGUAGCCUAAAAACCAUAGAGACUCUUGUUGAAAGAAAAGCAGUGCCUAAGGAAUGGGGUGGCAGCGGGCAGUUGCAAGAUUCAGAAAGGGAGGCAGAAUGUGUCAAUCAGCUCCUCAUCCCCAGGCACUCCAGACUUCCUGUUAUUAGCAGAGACUGUACUGCUGCUUGGGAUGUCUGUAAAAUGCAGGUGGGGCUCCCCCCUCCUAAACACGAGUGGAGGUCUGUGGCCUCUUACUGUUCACAUGGGCAAUAAGAAACAAUCUGGACAGAGGCACAGAAAGGGGCCUCAAAGGCCACAGACUCUAUUGACAAUUAUUACAGUAACAUUAAAUUAUGUGCUUUUUUCCCUU